GCCUUCCUAAGCCAGCCCCCCCUUCCCCAAAAGGCACGCACGCGCGUAUGCACCUUGCAGCACCCUUUUGCAAGACAUCAAGCGGCUUCAAGCCGGGAAAUCUACAGCGCCACGCGGCCACACGCUGGACGAGCAUGACGCUCGGCCGCCAUGUCUAAAAACACGGUGAAGAAACUGCACUGGCGCUCCAAGGUGCAGGAGGGCUUCGUGCCCCUGGGCGGAAGCUCCGGAGAGCUGGGGCUGGCCAUUGGGGGCGGCGCAGACUAUGGCGAAUUUCCAUUUGUGACGGUGGCGCCCGGUGGCGGGGCCACCGUGGGUGACAUCAUUUUAGAGAUUGGUGGCACGCCUGUGCUAGGCAUGACGUUGGGCGAUGUCCGAGGUGUCCUCAACUCCUGUCCUCACCCGAUCAGGAUCAAGACUGUUUCACCAGGCGCGUCUCUGUGUAAAGACCUCCGUCUGUACCUUAGUAAAUGUUUCACACCAACCUCCAUGGACAGUCAACUGCAGCAGCUCAUCCGGGAGAACCUUUAUCUGCGCGCUGUACCCUGUACAACCCGGCAGCCUCGUGAUGGGGAGAUCAGCGGCGUGGACUACAACUUUGUGUCCAUCGAGGAGUUUUUUUCUCUGGAGGAGUCGGGAGCACUGCUUGAAAGUGGAAAGUUCAAAGGCAACUAUUACGGGACGCCACGGCCAGUCCAUAUAAGUCCAGACAGUCCACCUAUUACAUACCAGGAACAUCGAAACCUGCUGAGGAACUUCAGGACCAGGAGCAAAUCUCUCAGCAACUUGGAAAAAACUGUAGAAGAAGACAACAGCGAGGAGGACAGCGGUCUGUCUGGAGGGUCCGCUGGAGCCCCGCCCACAAAGCUGCCUGCCAGCCAAUCCUGGGGUGAGUCUCUGGCAGGGAAUGGAGAAAGAAUGGCGAAUGGAGGAAGAGCAGGAAGGGGAAGAGUUCCAAUGGCCGACACGUGGGAGAUGACGUACGGCAGCGUCGCUGACACCUUCUACACCAAUCACUUGUCAAAAAGCAGACAGGAUCUUCGCGCUCAAAUCAAAGACACCACUUCCUGUUCAUCAGAACUUCCAGAGUUCACGGAUCAGCCGAGUCAGCUGCAAGGCUUUUCGGUGCACACGCGUCUCUCCAAGGGCCCGCGAGGAUUCGGCUUCAACAUCGUCGGAGGUAGUCGAGCGCGGGAGUUUCUGCAGGUGUACAGCAUCACACCCGGAGGUCCGCCAACCCUCCAUCAAGCUGACAUCCUGGUGUACAUCAACGACGCCUGUGUGCUAGGCCGUUCACACAAAGAGGUGGUGGAGAUGCUCAAGUCGGUUCCCAUGGGUCAGAGCGUGGACGUGGUUCUGAGGCGAGGAUACCCCAUGCUCUACAACCCUGACGGCUGUCCCAAACACACAUUGGACACGCCGCAGACUCCCCCGGACAACCGCCAGCGUGGACCGCUCACAUACAGCCACAUGCAGGAUGUCACCGGCAGCGGGUCAGGACUUUGCCAAGCCUCACCCUCCUAUUCCGUCGAGCCAUUGACCAAUGGACUGGCGGGUCCGCCAACUCCCACUUCCUCUGAACCCCUCGUGGCCCACCCCCCACCUCCCUCUGAGAGAAUGUCAACCAAUCACAGUGACUCCGAUGGGGGCACUCAAAGGUCUUCUGUGAUUGGCUACAGCAGCAACACCCUCCCCACACGCUCGUCCACAUCUUCCCUCCUCCACCGUCAAAGCUCCAAGUCAUCAGAAAGCGACCUGUCCACAUCCACCAUCCCCAUCGCGUCCUCAUCCAAAUUGUGCGAGUCUUCACCGCCCGGCGCCCCUGUGCAGCGUCCCCCGAUGCCGCAGACCUGCCUACCCCCCACGCCGCCCCGGGAGAUCUCAACCUGUGGCUUCAACGGGUGCCCGGCCAAUCACCAAGUGCCCCCUCAGCACCUCCUUGGAAACACGGGCCUGGUGCUACCUCUGCCAGGUACGGGGUACUUCCCCCCCGGCGAGCUGGUGCCAGUGGCCUUGGAGCGCUGUGAGGGCGCCGGUCUGGGUUUCAGCAUAACGGCGGGAGGGCCAGGAGGUCAGCUGGCCGUUGUGAGAAGGGUCUGGGACCGCAGGCAAUGCCCCUCCCUGCAGUCAGGGGACAUUGUGGUCAAGAUCAACGGUGCUGAUGUACAGAACCUCAACUUCUCUCAGGUCCAGAAGAUUCUGCAGGAUCACUCAAAACAGGGGAACGUGGUUCUGCUGGUGCACAGACGAGCUUCCGUCUCUGCAUCUGUGGUCACGCCUAAUUUGUACAAGCCCCUCCCCUCUCCGCACGGUCUGACAAGCCCCCCGUCCCAUCCCUCGACUUCCACUGAUUUGCCUUCCCCGUCCUCGCGUGCCUUGCUGGGGGGUGUGCCGCCACUCAGCCAGGCCGGGUUGGCGAUGGAGCCCCCUCUGGAGGGGCACCUUCAGGCAGCAGGAACCCCGCCCAGCCAGACACCCAAUGGGCCCCCCACCUCAGGCCUCAUCCAGAGCACCAGCUUCCUGGACUCCGUUCCUGUGACCUUGACCUUAGAGCCACGUGACCUACAAGGGAUGGAGGAGAAUGCGGGAGGGCCAAUCAGAGGCACCAUCGCCAAGGACAGCAAGGAGGGGAAGAAGGUAGAGGUGGAGCUGAUUAGGCGGCCUGGUGAAGGUUUCGGAUUUGUUAUCUCAUCCCAAGAUCUCAACCAAUCAAGAAAUGGGGCUCCGUCCCAAUCGCUGAUGUCCCAUCGCUUCGUAACGGUGCGCCGCGGCAGCCCAGCAGCCCGCAGUGGCCUCAUCCAACCUGGAGACCAGCUGGAGGCCGUGGAAGGACGAGCGGUAGCGUCCCUGCACCACCGAGACUUGGCCCAGAUCCUGAGGAGGGCGGGGAACACGCUGAAGCUGAGUGUGACACCACGAGCACAAUCAGAAGGAGCUGCUGAUGUGGAAAUCGACAAGCAUUUCACCAAAGGAUGCAGAGGGAGGGCAAAGAGCGAGUCAAGGUUCUACAGAGUGGACCUGGAACGAGGUCCGACGGGUUUUGGUUUCUCUCUGAGGGGGGGCAGUGAGUACAACAUGGGACUCUACGUGCUGGGACUGAUGGAUGGUGGACCAGCCCAAUGCAGCAACAAGAUACAGGUUUCCGACCAGCUGGUAGAGAUCAACGGCGACAGCACGGCGGGAAUGACGCACAGUCAGGCCGUGGAGCAGAUCCGGAGAGGAGGCCAUCGAAUCCAUUUGGUCCUGAAGAAAGGAAAUGGCUACGUCCCCGAUUACGGCCCUGAUGAUGAAUCCUCCUCGCCCUCCUCGCACAUGGAGGAGCAAGAGGCUAGGACGGUUGCCAUGACGACCACCUCCAACAGCCCACAAAGGAAAAAGCUAGCAGGCGGAGCCAAACCAAGACCAAGACGAGGAGGAAGUGGCGGUGAGGGAGGACCUUCAGAUCUGGACUUGGACCUUGUGGAGGAGGAAGCGAGGAGACGAAGGAAGGUGCGAGAGGAGGAGAGGAAAAGGAGGAGAGAGCAAAGCAGGACCACAAGAGAGGAGACCACAAAGAAGGAGGAGGAGGAGGACGCAAAGCAUUCUGAGAGCUGGCCAGCUCCUCAGCAAGCACCAUUCUCGUUCCUGAUGCCGCGUGACGAGUGCCCUUCCGACAGCCAAUCUGAUGACAGCAGGUUGGGCGCCAGCCCAUCGGGCGCCAGCCAAUCGGGCGCCAGCUUAUCUUCCGAUUGGAUACGAGCCGGACCGAGGCAGGAACACGAUCAGAACUUGCCUUGGCUGGAGCCCAGCCCGCAGAAACUGACUAAGGUUCUCAUUGGCAGUCGCCUCAGUAGGCGGGGCCUAUUGGGUGGACUCACACUCUGAGUUGACAAUAACUGACAGGAUUUUGGGAAAACUUUUAAGGGCUUUUUUUUUUUUUCCAAACUCCGACAUCUUUCUGCAUGAGAUCGGACAACAAGGUUUAUGGUUGGAGGGCGAGGUGCACAAACAAGUAUGCAAAUAACAGAACUUUGAAACUGACACGUCCUAACGUUGAAGCAUGUCAAUCAUUUUUAUUUUUAUAACCAGAAAAGACCUUAGUGAAUUAUAAAUGAUUAUUUAGUAAUAUAGACUUGCUUGUAUUGAAAAACCUUUAAAACGUUUUCUUCUGAUAAGCCAUAUACACACGCACACACAAUGUGUGAAUGUGGAUCGUGUAAUUGCAAUCUGAUUAUGGGUAUGUGUGUGAUUAUAUUCUGUGUGUGUGUGUGGGGGGGGGGGGGGGGGGGCUUGUUAACUGUGUAAGUGCUUGUGCUUAAGGAUUGUGUGUAUGGAUUUAUUUGAGAGUGUUUGAGUGUGCGUGUGUGUGUAAGGACCUUAGUGUAUUCUUAUGGCAAUUAUUAUAGAGUAAUGGAGACUGAUUGCUUGCUUUGUAAUGAAAAACUGUUUCUAAUGAUGAGCCACGCACGCAUGCACAUACACAAACACACACACACGCACACAAUUAUGCUGGCUGUCAGUCUUAUUAUCGCUUUGGCAAUGGCAACACAGCGCCCAAUGAGCAGUUUGUUUCCAUAGCAGUGCUUCCCCAACCUUGACC